AACCCUUCUUUCUUCUUGAACCAAAACAAAAACCCUCUUUCUUCCGCCCAACGAGACUGAACGAUGGGGAAGAAGCCGAAGCAAAAGAUCAUUCUUCCGCCGGAACUCCCGCCGGAGAUUCCAGACGACGAAGUUGAGAUUUCCGAUGAUGACCUCCAAUUCGUCAAGGACAACCGCGCCUUUGCCUCCUUGCUUUCCACCUUGGACACCCAAUCAAUCACCAGGCAUGUUACACGGGUUGCUGAUGCUAAAGAUGAUGCGUUGGAGAAACUUUAUGAGCAGCGCAUGCAAAAGACUGCUCUCAAGAAAGAGAAAGAGGAAACAGGUUUGCAGGUUGAUCGUGUAGACGCUCUUCCAAUCAAGACCUUGGAUGGGAAACUCUAUUACCGAACAGCUACAAAUAGGGUAUCAGAAAAUGGUCCAAAUGAAGAGGAAGCUGGAGAGGAUGAAAAUGUUGACAAAGGUCUAGUGAAGCUAACUAAGGCUGAAAAGAGAGCCAAGCUUAAGAAAAUGAGGAAAGAGGAGAAAAAACAUGGGAAGGAGGUGCCUAAAGCAGAAGUGGAAGAAACACCACAAGCAGCAGUACUGGCUGAGGUUAAAGAAGAUCUUGAAGCUGAGGAGACAUUUGAAACUAAAAAGUGUAAACUUGCAGAAUUGGGAAAUGCCUUGCUUACAGACCCAGAGUCCAAUAUUAAAUUUCUGAAGGAGAUGGUACAGAUUUCAAAGGAUAAUGACCAUACAAUUGUUAAACUUGGACUUCUAUCCCUCUUGGCUGUUUUCAAAGAUAUUGUCCCUGGCUAUCGGAUAAGGCUUCCUACUGAAAAGGAACAAGAAAUGAAGGUUUCAAAGACUGUUAGAAAGAUGCGUUAUUAUGAAUCAACUCUUCUUUCUUCAUACAAGGUAUACUUACAAAGGCUGAUAGCCUUAGAAAAGAAGCCCUUGUUUCAGCUUGUUGCAAUUCGUUGCAUGUGUUCUUUGCUUGAUGCAAAUCCCCAUUUCAACUUUCGUGAAGGCUUAUUGGAGGCUACUGUCAGAAACAUAAGCUCCAGUGAUGAGGCCAUAAGGAAACUUUGUUGUUCAACGAUCAAGUCUCUCUUUACAAAUGAGGGUAAACAUGGCGGUGAAGCUACUGUGGAAGCUGUUCGAUUGAUUUCUGAGCAUGUUAAAGCUCAUAAUUGCCAGAUGCACCCUGAUUCUGUUGAGGUUUUCUUGUCUCUUUCAUUUGAUGAGGAUCUUGGGAAGUCUGAAAAGAAAGAUGAGGAUCAGAAAUUCAAAAAGAAGAAAGGCUGGAAAAGAAAAAACAUGGAGCCAUCAAAUCAGUUGCCUGAAAAUGACAGAAAGAGAAGUAGGAAAGAUUCGAUUUCUAAGACAAAAGAGGAGAUUGAAGCUGAGUACAAGGCUGCAUCCCUUACCACAGAUGUUAUGGAGAGGAGACAGAUGCAAACUGAAACACUCUCUGCUGUGUUCGAGACAUAUUUUCGCAUUUUGAAGCACACGAUGCAUUCUGUAGUUGCCAGGCCUGAAGAAAAUCCUGAUGCAUUAUCUGCUGGAGUGGAACCCCACCCAUUGCUUGCUCCAUGCCUGAAAGGACUGGCAAAAUUUUCACACCUGCUGGACCUUGAUUUUAUGGGUGAUCUAAUGAACCAUCUGAAAGUUCUUGCUUCUGGAAGUAGCAACUCAGGCAAUACUUCUGAAAAGUGUCCUAAAUGUUUGAGCGUAUCCGAGCGUCUCCAAUGUUGCAUUGUUGCUUUUAAAGUGAUGAGGAUCAAUCUUGAGGCCUUGAAUGUUGAUUUACAGGACUUCUUGGUCCAUCUUUACAAUCUCAUAGUUGAAUACAGGCCAGGAAGAGAUCAAGGGGAGGUGUUAGCUGAAGCUUUGAAGAUAAUGUUGUGUGAUGAUAGGCAACAGGACAUGCAAAAGGCAGCUGCAUUUAUAAAACGUUUAGCCACAUUGUCAUUGUGUGUUGGUUCUGCAGAUUCCAUGGCUGCCUUGGUAACAGUGAAGCAUCUCCUUCAGAAGAAUGUUAAGUGCAGAAAUCUGUUGGAAAAUGACAUUGGAGGGGGCUCUGUUUCUGGCACAAUUUCAAAAUAUCAACCAUACUCCACAGAUCCUAACUUAAGCGGCGCCCUUGCUUCAGUACUGUGGGAACUCAGUCUUCUAUCCAAGCAUUAUCAUCCAUCCAUAUCAACAAUGGCGUCUGGCAUUUCAAGCAUGAGCUCUGCACAGAACCAAGUCCUUUACACCAGGUCCUCUCCUCAACAAGCUCUUACGGAAAUGUCUCUGGACCAGGAAUUGUGUUUCACACAAAUUAGCAGUAUAAAAUUAAAUAACAAAAAGCGACGGACAAAUGGCCCUGCCGCAUCAACUUCCACUGGUUCAACAACAGCAACGACUCCACUGAAUGAUGAUGAGUUGCGAAAGAAACUUAGUUCCCAUUUCAUGGUUCUUCAUGAUAUCAAGGAGAAUGAAAAGUUGAGGAGUAAGUUGGAUAGGACAACGCGAUCACUGCAGCUAUAUGAGCAGUAUAAGAAACAAAAGAAGCAACGAUCAAAACCAACUAGAUUAUCAGCCAUUGCUUAGUGAUAAUUUAUAUGGGCAUUUAGGUUCUAAGAAUGGUCAUUGUUGUUUCUAUCAUAUCUAUCUACAUUUCUCUUGUUGUUACAGUUCCAUUCCUAAAAGGAAUCUUUUUCGUUACUCCUGUAUUAAAUACACUUAUUUUAAAGCAUGACACCUAAUAUGGUUAUUCUCAA